AUGGCCAACGAUGAAAACCCGUCAAUAUCGACGUUGCUUAUCCUACACUCGUUCCGCCUAGGGUCGGAAAUAAAUCCGCCCACUGCCCCACUACGCGGCGUCGUAUCAACAGCAGCGUGUAUCGUCAAGAUGACCAGUGGUGGGUACACUAUCCUGGAUUACAACAUUUUUAGAUGUGAAUUGUUGAGCGCAAAGUGCUUGUGGAUUGAGGUGGAAGAUUCCUCCGACGACAAGUUUCUUCCCGUUGGCGGAACGCGGAAGCGGAAGAAGACAAGUGACGACGGAGCCGACGUCGAAAAUGGCAACGAGGAACAGCUCCUCAACAACAACAAGUUUAGCCCGCUGGUGGAGAACAACAACAACAACAACAAUGGUAACCCAGCCGGGAAAGGAAGCAUCCCACCGGUUCCAGUGGCCAAGAAACCACCUCCUCUGCUGGUAAAGAAUAUGAGCUUCGGCAAGCUGAGGAGUGUAAUGUUGUCGUGCACAACCAAGCCAAGUUACAAGCUGACUCCGUUGCUUGUAACUUGUUUAGAUCCAGCAAGUUGUGGGGAUAUUUCUACAGUAAAAAUUGAAAUUGUCGAAGAGGAUUCUUCUGCCCCAGAUGCUCCAAUGCCAGCUUCUGAGCAUGAGAAAACUGUUACGGAAGCAGAAGCAGAACUAGAAGCGAAGCGUAUCGAAGAAGAAGGUAAGUUAGCUGCCAUACAAGAGGCACAAGCAGAACCUGAACCAGCGCCAGAGCCAGAGUCCAUUCCAGAGCCACCUCCGGUGGAACCGGAAGAACCGGAAGAAGAAGAGUCGGAGGAGGAAGAAGAGAUCGUACCACCUCGCGAGCCGACACCACCCCCACCUCCUCCUCCCAAAGAACCAUCACCCGAACCAAUAAAAAAAUCACCUACGCCUGAGUAUGAUUCAGACGUUGAGUUGAUUCCACCAAAGGAGGAUUUCGAUCCAUCAUUGUGGAAGAGUGUGGACGACAUAGAGAAGCAACUAGUAGACAGUGAAGGUGGAACAAAGAAACCAAAGUCGAAAGAAGCUUCUCGACAUCUGCUCCCAAAGGAUCCACUGUUAAGUUAA